UGAAUGUCCACUUCGAAGUUCGAACAUGGAAUUCGUGUUACGCUUGAUUGUUAAAAGUAAACAUAUUUUUUGCUGUAAUUUACUUUCGUAAAUCCUCGCUUUGAUACUUGAAUUAAAGUGCACUUAAAUAUCCAUACUGAAAAUAACAUAAGACUGAUCUUAAAAUUUCAACAAUAAUUAAUUUAUUAGGGCAAGCUGUGGAAAUGUAUUCCAUGAUCAAUUAGGUUUAUUUUUCAAGUCCAAAGUACAAUUAAUACGUGUGUCGUGUGUUAAAGUGAUUGUGCAAAAUGUCCAUUGAAGAAAAGUUUCAUGCUGCUGUGAAUGUCAUCAAAAAUCUGCCCAAAAGUGGACCGUACCAGCCUAGCCAUGAGCUAAUGCUGAAGUUCUAUAGCUACUUCAAGCAAGCUACUGAAGGAUCCUGCACAAAACCGAAGCCCGGUUUCUGGGACGUUAUAAACAGGGCGAAAUGGGAGGCGUGGGCAAAACUAGGCGACAUGACAAAGGAAGAAGCGAUGGAAUGCUAUGUUGAUGAAUUACAUAAGAUCGUCGAAACGAUGUCCUUAAAUUCGAACGUUGAGUCAUUCUUAACGUUGAACGACAACGGAGAAGGUUUUCCCAGCGCAGACUUGCAACUUGUUGCUGGCGACAUUUUGGGGCGUUGUCAAAAGGAAUCGCAACAAAAUUCACCUGCUUACUCUCGUUCAGUGAGUGGUGCGUCAUCACCAGUGCCUGAUGAAGUAUCGUCGAGGACUAGGCAUGAUUCGGAGGAUGAGUUUAUUGACACCGUAGAUGUUAGUGCCCCAAUCGACGAGCCUGUGACACAGAGUGCACCAAGACUAAGCAACGGACACGCAUAUCAAAUAACAUCACAGCUUACUCAUCUGAAGGUGCUAGAACAGUUGCCAGGAACCUUAGCUCGGUUAGAAGCCGAUGUGGCAGCGUUGAGGAAGGCGGUUGAAGGGGACAGGAGAAUAUUAGAUCAAGUUUCAAGUGGAUGGCGUUGGCCGUGGCAGGAGCUGAGUGCGCCGACAUUGGCCUUUGUCAUAAUCUGGCCUUUUGUGGCCUUCAGACUCAUGAACAGGACGAAAAGGCACAGCACUUAAUAACAAGGUGUAAAGUUAAGUGUACAUUCGUGCUGAAAAUACAUUAGAAAAUCCAUAAAGCAUCAUUUUAUUAUUCAGCAUAAUAUUGAGUUAAAGUUAUGUAACAACAGUUUUUGUUAUAAAAUUAUGCAAUACCAGCGAAUUCAAUAUUAAGUAUUCAUACCAUUCGAUGACGUCAUCAGGGUUCAUGAGCAAUUAUUCAUGAUUAAAUUCGUUAUUGAAUUAACUGAGUAGAGCUUACAUAAAAUUAUUGUUUACACAAAUAAAUUUAUGGAAAUAACUGGAGAAUAUUGCUUGCUUGUGAUAGUAUUGCAUUUUGUAUUCAUUGGGUUCGUUUUGUUUAAACUGGUAUUUUGUAUCAUGGGUUUUAUAAUUUUUAUAUUUUUAAGGUGAUCGUGAUCUUGAAAUUUGGUCUAAAAAUGUUAAAAUUAAUUGGGGUUAAAAAUGAUUUUGUAAAAAUUCCUAAGACUAUUUAUUUUUUUAUAAAAUGUAGAGAUUGCUCCAAAACUAUUAUGUUCGGAGAGCGUUUAUUUUGUUUUAAAACCACAACAAGAAAUUAUAUUUAUUAAAAAAAACUAAAUUUAUAACGGGUUGUCCCCUCAUUUAUAAAAACGGUGUAAUUUUUUUUAAUAAGUGGAUUGGUGUCAAACUUUUGUUUCAGUUUUUUUAUUUAUAUUUCUACUUUGACAAUUGACUUACAAAAAUGUUGUUGGCACCAUCUGUUUCGUAAAAAACUUUUAUGCAGCGCCAUCUAGUUUUCUAUUAAGAUCAGAAUUACCACAUAUUUUACCAUACAUUUUAUUGUUACCUGUUACGUAUAGUUUAAAAUUAUUUAGGUUAUGUUAUUUGUGAUACGUAGGUUAUAGUGACAUUUGAUUUGCAUAUUUGAGACCUUCUUUAGUGCAAAUUCGCUUUGUUUCAAUGUUUUUCAAUAUGAUAAAUGUUUUAUAAUA